CUGAAGAUAAUUGCAAAAUGUUAACCAGGCUUGAUUCCUUUCCCAUGUUGUUUCACCCUGAUCUCAUAAUGACAGAGCCCGGGUGCAACUUCUUCCCUCCCGACUCUCGAAAGAGAGGAUCUGACAAGAGAAGCCGAUAAAACUCCGAUAGAUGAUUUUAGUCGUCGCUAAGGGGAAGUAACUCUCGUGUGCAAGGAGGAGAAAACAGACUCGCGAGAGAAGCGACGAUGGUAGAGCCCAAGGAUCAAAGCUCGAUGAGCUUCUCAGAUAUAAAAGAAGCCUUAAGCACAACACAAUGUUGUGGAAGAAAGAUAGAUCUUUUAAAGCUCGCCACGGCAAAUUUACAAGAAAGCUCUGGACGAAAGGCAUUUUCGGGAAUGCCAGCCUCGGAUGUUUCACUUCUUUUGGACCAAAUCAUCGACAUCGCAAUUCCUGUGCAAUUCCCAGACUGUGAGCAGUUUACCUUUGAAGAGAAGGACUUUGAUAGGCUGAGCGAUAAAACAGAAGGCGUAUUAAAGUUUGUAAAUGUAUUCGUGGAUGUUUGCAUAGAAAACGGCGAAAGAGAAAAAAAAUGGGUAGGGCGAUGUUUGCCGAAACUUCUGGUAGUGAUAACAAGCAACAUGCGGAAGAACCUUUGGUCUACAGAAGCUAUACAAAGUUAUUGUUUACUGGUGCUUGAUCGGUUACGACACAUGUACAAGGUAGAUUCUUUCUCAGAUCUUCUGCUUAUGGACGUGAAAACUGGGGAAAGAGACACUACAACUCAUACAAAAAACGUUUGCGGUCGUUACCUUCAGUUUAUUAUACAGAAGCUGACAAGAGACAACUGGUACAAAAAUCCUACGUUUAUUGAAUCCUUCUACUGGAUGCUGACUCAGAUGAUAAAAUUUCCCCACCUGAGUGCCUACCUCGAUUUUGUAUUGCCGCCAGCUCUAAACUUUGUAGACAGCCAUCUUGUCCAUUACCGGGUAUUAGGGAUUCAGUGUCUUCACCACAUCAUAACUAAUGUGUCACAGGAUGAGCUGAGGUGGUAUGGAAGAGCAAGUGUAGUAUUUGAUGCAUUGAAGCAUCAGAUCUAUUCAAGAGAACCAGAUAUUAUUCACUGUUUGCACCCAGCCCUGCUAGCUAUUCUUCCUGUUGUGGAUAAAGAUCCUGCCAAACCAUCAGAACCAACCCAUGCUAGACAAGCGGAUAUCUUACUGUCUAUUCUCAUUAUAAAUGCCCGUGCUGAGAAUGGCAUUGUUCUCAGGAGAUUAUUCACCCAAUGCAUUGCAGACUUCAUUGAUAUCAUGGAAGUAAGUGCUGUACGUCAUUUGGGCACACUUGUGAGUUUGAUAUCAGAGUACCUUGAAGUGUUUGAUGGGCCAGAAGAAAGGUCAAGACUAAAUGCACUGAGGAUUUUAAGGUCACUCCUAAAAAAUGUUUGGCCACGCAUCUUUCACCAUACAGAUACUAUUCUCACCAGUCUGUUGAAGCUGCUGCAAGACGUGGAAUGUGACAAAACCACAACUCCAUGUAGUGUUAAGAAAAAAUUAAAAGAGGAUGCCAUAGCUUGCUUGCUUCUUCUUAGAGAGCUGUGUCCAGAUGUUCAAUUAUGUUUGCAGGCUGUUUGUCAAGAAAAAGAGCUGUCAUAUAUUGCCUGUAUUGUUAGUGAUUUUAUGUAAGAGAUUUGCUUUUCUUUAAUUUUUGCUUUGUGUUAAAAAAACAUCUAAAAUUUUUGACUGUCUGAAACUGAAUCUAGCAUUUUUCAAGACCAAGCAUUCUUUAAGACAUAUCUGCUGUUUUUGCUGCAUAAGACUGUAUCCACUGUUUGUACUAUACAUAUUGAGUGAAAUUGUAUUUGUACAUGAUUUUUCUUGAAAUUUAAUCUUUAAAAUAUGAAUCCAUUAUUCAAAGCUUAAAACUGAGAAUGAGUAUAUUAAUCAUACCAAUGUAAAAUGAAUAAUACAUUCAGACGAAUAUUUUGAAUUCUGCGUGUGCUGAAUGUAUGAUAUCAGUCUGCCACCAUUAAACCAUGAGAUAAG